GCCAUUUUCCCAAAUGUACCUUGAACGCACCGUAAGCUUGUUCCGCUGCAGCAAUGGCUUCUAUUUGUCAGAUAUGGAGACCUGAUCGAGGACGUUGUUUCAAAAUCUCUGGAAUUGUCAUUUUAUUGUUCCUGGACCUGGUACUACAGUGCGUGAAUGGGUAUUUGAGCUCUCCUCAUAUCGGCCAGGAGCCUCCGUACACAAGAGAUGCCCAGCAUGGACCUUCCAUCACUAGCCCAGCGGUCCUGCCUUCAUCCUCAGUGUCUCCUACAGAUAAUGAGAACUACACCUCAAAGUGUCCCAGUGGGGGGUUGUGUAGUCGCCUGCCAGCUGAUUGUAUUCACUGCAAUUAUCAAUACAACUGCACCUAUGGGAAACCAGCAAAUUUUCUUUGCCACACAAAAAAAGGAGUUCACUGCAUCGGAGAUUCAGGACGACAACAAUCUAACUUCACCUUGUCCGUCACCUGUCAGUUCUGCUGGCAGCUUGAUCCAUCUCAAUACCGCUGCUCAAACUCCACCAACUGCAUGACAGUGUCCUGCCCACGCGAGCGCUACAAUGCCACUUGUGAUGUGUUGGAGCAUGUACAUUGUUUAGGUAAAAGACGUUUUUCUAAACGAUUAUUUUGCAACUGGACUGGAGGAUACAAAUGGUCAACAACAUUAGCACUCAGCAUUACACUUGGUGGUUUUGGAGCAGAUCGGUUUUACCUGGGCCAGUGGAGAGAAGGUCUGGGCAAACUGUUCAGCUUCGGAGGCCUGGGUAUUUGGACUCUGAUAGACGUUCUUCUGAUAGGGGUUGGUUAUGUGGGGCCUGCGGAUGGUUCGCUCUACAUCUAAAGCAAAGGUCUGGAGAUGUGGCUGAUUGGAUUCAGAGCAUUUCCUCCUCACUCUCAAAGACAGCAGAUCUCAGAAGUGGCGUUCUUACCAUGUUUGCCUGCAGAAGCUCCUUGUGCAACACAUCUCCAUCCCAUCUGCUAACACGCAGGAAGUGUUUUCCUCAUCACACCAACCAUGACUCUACCCACACAGCCAUCAGAUCAAUUCCAAUCACUUUGAAGAUUCUGCAGAUAGAGCUGUGCAGGAAGACGAAGAGCCAGUAAUUACUCUGGUUUGAUCGAAUUGGUGGUCAGGCUCUGUCAUGCUGAUAUAAUGAUGCAUUUAGUUUCCUGUGGAGCCGUGCUUUCGCUAAGUUCCCGUCCCUUUCAUGCUGUGUGCUAUUUUGUUCUUAAAGUUAGGUAAAUGCAUUAAUGGCUGAGUAAAACAGUCUCAGUAGGGAAUCUAAAGGGUAUUUAUGCCUUGAAGGAGCUCAUGAAAAUACACAACAGUAUGUGAAAAGAUAUUCCUGUGGCUCAAUUUAUCGGUUAUUUCACAUGCACUGUUUGUUCCGAGUGAACAUUGCAGGCCUCAACUGUAUCAGUAAUGAGAGCUUGGCCUUUCUGUACUUUCUGGCAUCACGUACUGCUGCAUGUUGUGAUUUUUGGGAAAGGCACAGACACUAAACUUCAGCAUUGUAGACAUGUUCAUGAUAAUUAACAAGAGACUUUACCUAUGUUGCACUAAAACUGCAGUUACUUGUGGUUUCUCUCAUGCUGGAAAUGUCAGAAAUAUCUUUUGCAGUCAGUUUGAUUUCAGUCAUCCCACUGUAAAAUAACAUACUGUGUAUAAACACUAAGAUCUUUGCAGCAUAAAAUGUUUAAAGGCUCAGUUUGUGUAAAUAUGAUUCAGUGUCUUGUCAUUAUUGUUUUGUUGAAACACUGUAAAUGCUAUAUUUAAGUUAUGUAAAUAAAACGUAUGUGUUGUUUCCCAACACAGACAAGAACCAAGGCUAAAUAUUUUUAAUGUUUGACACUGGCCUGAUUUGUUAAUGCCAUUUAUGUCCACAGUGUGACCUGAUUCUCAACAGCUAAUUAAAGAGGCGAAAUAAAUUAUCAAUGAAAAGGCAGAAUAUUUCUUCUUUGAAUGCUACGUUGGCUGAAAUUAUUUGAUAUUGAAAUUUAAUCCUGAAUAAAAUACUUUCUUGUUCUUUAUUA